CAAAAUAAACCUGAGACGUGUCGAGCUGCCUGUGAUGAUUCUCUGAAUUCGAUCGGAAACGGUGGCAGAACUAUUCUUCAGUCUGAGGAUAAGCUACAGUUCAAAAACUAUUGGAUAUGGUUUGUCGUUAUCUACUAGACCGCAUGGCAUAAAUUAUUAAUCCAACUAGUGGUAGGCAAUACAUUUUACAGUGUACUGUAUUGUAGCCUAUACAGAAAUCUUUGUUUUGCAUAAGAGGCAAGAUCAGGAAAUCGUCACUUUUACCCAGAAUAUUUCUUACACAUUAGUAACACUAUCAUUACUUACACAUUAGUAACACUAUUAUUGAAAGAUAAGAAAUGGAUGAAUCAAACGGUUCUUCAAAAAGGACUAUUCUGUGUUUAUUUGACGUGGACGGCACUCUUACCCCACCGAGAGAGAAAAUUGACCCUAAGCUGGAUGAGUUUUUACAGUCUCUGCGCAGGAAAGUGAAGAUCGGCAUAGUGGGUGGAUCAGACUACUCAAAGAUCGCAGAGCAGCUGGGUGAGGGAGAUGAAGUGAUACAGAAGUUUGACUAUGUGUUUGCUGAGAAUGGCACGGUGCAGUACAAAGAUGGGAAGCUCCUUUCCAAACAGGUGGGUGUGACUGAGGCCAUCCAGAACCAGAUAGGAGAGGAACUACUACAGGACCUCAUUAACUUCUGUCUCAGCUACAUGGGGCUGAUCAAGCUGCCCAAGAAAAGGGGCACCUUUAUCGAAUUCCGCAAUGGAAUGCUGAACAUCUCCCCCAUUGGCCGGAGCUGCACACUUGAGGAGCGAAUCGAAUUCUCUGAAAUUGACAAGAGAGAGAAAAUCCGGGAGAAGUUUGUUGCGGCCCUGCAGGAGGAGUUUGCUGGGAAGGGUCUACGAUUUACGAGAGGCGGUCUCAUCAGUUUUGACGUGUUCCCUGAAGGCUGGGACAAGAGGCUCUGUCUGGACGUGCUGGAGGGGGAGGGCCUGGACGCUAUCUACUUCUUUGGCAACGAGACGUCGUCUGGGGGAAACGACUAUGAGAUCUUCAAUGACCCACGGACCAUUGGUUUCACAGUAUACUCACCAGAGGACACAGCCAGGCACUGUCGAGAGAUUUUCUUCAAAGCUCCCGCCAAUGAGUCGUGAUAAAUCGUGCAGCAGGCACUCUCACAGUCAGCUUCCCUUGGGCUCCCCCUGUUGUUCAGGGCAGGUUCUAAGAGCACCUGAAGGAGAAGAGGUGGAGAUGGGAGGUAAACCACUACAGAUUUGUUAAGUAAUCAAUGCAUUGUUGUUGUUGUAUAAUAUUAUUCUAACUAGCACUGGACACAUAAAGGGAUCAUCAGUAAUUCACAUUGGCUGGACUCCCAUGGAAAUUACUAUGAGAUGUGGACAGAUCUGCUUUUUUAAAGGGAUGAUAGCUCAAACAAUGUGAGGAAGUUUACUAAUGUUUUCAGUUUUUUAUCAUGACUAAGUGUUUCUCUAAGGUUUUAAUGUAAUAUCUGACUGUUUAACAUCUAUCAACCCAAUGUUUUUUGUAGCGUGUCCCUGUAUUUGUAUGUAACAUCAAAUGAACCAUUAUGUCUUAUAGGCCCUCCUGUAAGACAAUCCUCUUUUGUGAAUAUCAUGUGAAGAUUUCUAUACAUUUUGAGUAUAUAAUGUAAAUACCCACUUAUGUUUUGCAUUAAUAUUGAUACAGUUAUCUGACAAACUGGGUUUUGGAUCAUUUGUUUUCUUUGUGAAUGUAGGAAGUGACUAGUGUUGUCUUUGAACAAAAUGGAGCGAGAAAGAGUUUUUUUUCUCUGUACCGGUCCACUUUCAGAUGAAGUGCCUAUAGAAAGUCUGCACCCCCUUGAAUUUGUAAUUGUUUGUCAAGAUUUUUACAAAUGUAAAAACAAAUUAUAACUCAAAUAUAAUUGUUCAUUAAAUAUUCACCCCCUUUGUUUAGGCAAGCCUAAAUUAUUUCAGAAGUCAAAUGUGGCUUAACAAAUCACAUAAUCAUUUAUAUGGACUCACUCUGUGUGAAAUAAUGGGGGUUGAUAUUAUAUUUUUUUAUGACCAUCUCUUGCUCUGUCCUCCCAGGGCUUUUUCGAAAAAGCUUCAGAAAUAAAGGGCAGUGAUUGGUAGAUAGAUAACAAUAACAUAUCAGACAUUGAAUAUAUCUUUAAGCACGGUCAAGUUAAUAAUUAAGUUCAGUCGUUCUUCUGAACUGAGCUGCAGGACAGGAAGGAAACUGCUUAGGGAUGAGGCCAUUGGGGAUUUUAAAACAACUACAGAGUUCAAUGGCUUAGAUGGGAGAAAACUGAGGAUGGAUCAACAACCUUGUAGUGACUCCACAAUAAUGACCUAAAUGACAGAGUGAUAAAAAUAAUAAAAAUACACAGAAUAAAAAUAUUCCAAAACAUGCAACAAGGCACUGAAGUAAUACUGCAAAAGAAAAACAGCAAAGGAAUAUACUUUUUGGCCUAAAUGCAAAGCCUUAUGUUUGGGGCAAAUCCAACACAACACAUCACUGAGUAAUUGCCUUCAUGGUAUGGGUAUGCUUGACAUCGGCAAAGACUGGGGAGUUUUUCAGGAUGAAAACCAACGGGAUGGAGCUAAGCACAGGCAAAAUCCUAUAGGAAAACCUGCUUCAGUCUGCUUUACACCAGACUCUGGGAGAGGAAUUCAUCUUUCAGGAGGACAAUAACCUACAACACAAAGCUGAAUAUACACUGGAGUAGCUUACCAAGGAGACAGUGAAUGUCCUGGAGUGGCCAAGUAACAGUUUUGACUUAAAUCUGCUUGAAAAUCUAUGGCAAGACUUGAAAAUUGCUAUCUAGCCAUGAUGUCCAACACCUUGUCAGACCUUGAAUAAUGGGGAAAUAUUGCAUAAUACAGGUGUGCAAAGCUCUUAUGAGACUUACCCAAGAUGACUCAAAGCUGUAAUCGCUGUCAAAUGUGUUUCUAACAUGUAUUAACUCAGGGGGGUAAAUACUUAUCUAAUCAAGGUAUAUAAAAACAAAUGUUAGAAUUUUUUCUUCCACUUUAACAGAGUAUUUGGUGUAGAUUGUUGACAAAAAAAUGAUAAUUAAAUCAAUUUGAAUUCCACUUUGUUACACAAAAUGUGAAGAAAUCCAAGGUGGGUGUAGACUACACAAAAGGGUUUUCUACACAAAAGGGUUCUUCGGCUGUCCUCAUAGGAGAACCCGUUUCGGUUCCAGGUUAAAACCUUUUUUAUUCCAGCUAGAACUCUUUUGGGUUCGAUGUAGAACCCUCAGUGGAAAGGGUUCAACCUGGAACCAAAAAGGGUUCUUCAAUGGGGACAGCCGAAAAACCCUUUUAGGAUCUAGAUUGCACCUUUUUUUCUAAGCGUGUUUAGGCACUGUAGGGAGAAGUCUUACCUCAUCUAUGCAAAUACAUAUACAUUAUUCCUGCUACUUCAAUCUGCACCACUAUAAGAAAUGGAUCUCACAGAUGGCUUAUACAGCCUUUACAUUACCUACCCAGUAUAUUCACAGGUACACGUCCUUUAGUUGUAUCCAAUCAAAUUUUAUUAAAAGGUUAAUGCCGUCUGCUACAAAUAUAAUAAUCUGGAUGUCUUCACCUUUCUGCCAAAGGCCAUUAGACCUUCCUGAAUGACAAAGGUCCAGUGGACUCACUUGUAGUUUGAUCGACAUACACUAAUUGUGAAAUCAUCAUGUGAUUGUUGAGUACUGUAUUCAUUUGAACUAUGUUCAUUGUAAUAAAUUAUUUUAUAUCAUUGUG